AUGGCGAGCUCAGCAGAAAACACCGCUGGUCCUAGAAAGACACCCAUUGCCAGCCCGGGACCUAACAGUCAACCUCCACCAAGGCCAGAGUUGACAGACGAGCAAAAGACAAAGUACGAGGCUCUCCUGGAGCAAGUCAAGGGCUUCGCCGAGAUUCAAUGCGAGAAGCAGGCCGAUAAGGAGGACAAGGAAGACAAGUCAGGCCCUAUCACCGACCACGAGCGCUCAUGGCUCACUCGUGAGUGUCUGCUUCGUUAUCUGCGUGCCACAAAGUGGACUGUCGACGACUCGGCCAAGAGACUCAAGGCUACCCUCGCGUGGCGUCGCGAGUAUGGUCUUGAGGGCUUCACACCCGAGUACAUCUCCCCUGAGCAGGAGACGGGCAAGCAGAUGAUUGUUGGCUUUGAUCGUCAGGGCCGGCCGUGUCAGUACCUUAACCCGGCGAGGCAAAACACUGACACCAGUCCUCGCCAGCUGCACCACUUGUUCUACAUGGUUGAGCGGGUGACGGAUCUCAUGCCGCCCGGCGUGGAGAUGCUGAGCCUCAUGAUCAACUUCAAGCCUAGCAAGGAGCGCAAGAACACGAGCGUGCCUGUGGGUGUCGCCAGGGAGGUGUUGCAUAUUCUGCAGAACCACUACCCGGAGAGACUGGGCAAGGCUCUCAUCAUCAACGUACCCUGGAUCGUGUGGGGCUUCUUCAAGAUCAUCACGCCCUUCAUCGACCCCGUGACACGCGAGAAGCUCAAGUUCAACGAGGACAUGAAGCAGUACGUUCCCCCGGAGCAGCUGUGGAGCAUGGACUGGGGUGGUGAGAUGGACUUUGAGUACGACCACGAGACGUACUGGCCCGCACUCAAUGAGCUGUGCCGAAAGAAGCGCGAGGAGAAGUUCAGCCGCUGGGAAGCUGCGGGCAAGGAGAUUGGUGAGAGCGAGGACUAUCUCACUGGUGGGACGGACGUCAGCGCCAAGGGCUUCAAGUUUGGAGGUGAGAAGGAUGCUGUUCAGGAUGUGGAGGAGAAGUUGGCGGCUACCAAGCUGGAGGAGCAGCCUGUUGCGGCGUAA